UUCGUCAUAGUUGGUGAUUAUCUUAAGGAUGAUUCACGCUAUACCGUGUCGGGGCCGAGCCCGGGUCUCAACCGAGCCAUAGCGUCCGAGUGGAGUCCGAGCCUUUAUGCAUGCUGUUCCGUAGUAGUUCCGUGCGAACCGUGGCUGAGUGUUGGUGAGUGGGUAACAAGCAAAAUGCAAUUUUCAGAACUUGAACUAGCAGCAAUUGCCGUUGCACUUGAUGAAGAAGAAAGGGAAAACCAUGUUGAUCGACUUCACACAGCAAAGAGGAGAUGGGGCGUGCAUCCUACUUGGCGAAAGCGAAAGUUGGAGGGAGAAUUUGCCACACUAUACAAAGAGUUGUUAGAUGACGAAAGUAAAUUCUUUGGCUAUUUUCGAAUGUCAUGGGAGUGUUUCAACGUUUUACUUCUAAAAGUGAAAAGUGGCCUCACGAAACAGAAGACAUUCUUUCAGGAGCCCAUUUCGCCAUCUGAGCGACUAGCAGUGUGUCUCAGGUAAGUCAAUAAUAAUAUAGACAACCGGAUCAGAAUAGAUAAGAAUAAAUAAUAAUUACCGACUUAAAAUAUGUAUUUAAAACAAAAGUAACAUACUUACAAAUUUCACAUGUAUUUGAAACGUGUACAAAUAUUCUAUAGUCUUAAUAAUGCUUUAAUAGUCAUGUUCAUUGAACUGAGAAAAAAAAGUGCUCAUCUCAUUUUUUGCUGGUUGUUGUGGUAGAGCAGGCGAGUGAUUUGGAUGUGCGUCAGGUGUUGUAGUCCAGUUUGGAUUCGGGUGGAUUGGUGGAGCAGUUGAUGUGGAACUGGUGGAUGAUUCAUCUGCUGGGGAUGUCUGCAUUUGUGCGUACUCUAGAUCCUGCACUAUUGAAAAAAUUCUUCCUUUUGCUAAAUGCUGGUAGUAUGGAGAAAACGUUUUUAUUGUCGGUAUUAAACCUUGGAAAAAUGCGUCAAUAGGGUGAGCGUCAGUUUGAGACUUUUCUUUUUUUUCAAUAAUAUAUCUCAUUAAGGUAUUCGAUGCACUUUCCGUUGGAUAUUGCAGUUAUUAUUACUUAUUCAGAGACCGAAUUAGUUUAUAUUAAAUAACUUAUGAAAUACCUCACCGAUUCUCACGUUCAAUGGCUUCCCGGAAUGCGGGAGGCAAACCGAUUCAGAUGGGCUAACUUACACGAAGUAAUUUUAACAUGUCGUAGUCUGGCUCAAUAUGCUUCCAUUUUCUUCUGCAGCUGAUGUUAGGUAGGAGGGCAUACGUGUGGCGCCCUUUAUUGGAGGCAUCCCAUCUUCUGUUCCAUUCCAGCUGUAGCCAGUCUGACGCUUCUUUCGCAUUGGUGACCGGUAUGCAUGGGUUUAUGCCAUUUUGUAGUUCCCAUAUGGCGCAAUAGUAUCGGGCAUGAAGGUCUACUGGUGGUCGGGCUGCCAAGACUUGUAUAGCAUCCGUAGAGGCCGUUCGAUAAGCUCGCGUUAAAGUCAGCAGCGCAGCACGUUGCGCGCUCUUGAGUGUCUCCCAUUCAGUAGAACGCAGUGCUCGUGCCCUCGCAGGGGCCGCAUAGUACAUGACUGAGUCACAAAGCGCGGACGUAGACCGGGUACGGUAGGAGAUUCCCCACGCAGCACCGCACAACGCUUUGAAUGCAGCUAUCCUCGACGGCAUUUAUUGCCUCGUGUGUUGGGCGUUAUCUCCAAAUCGCAUGCCUGCGCCUAUGCGGAUCCCCAAGUAUGUAACAACCUGCGUAGCUUUGAUUGUUUCACCGAGCAGGCGUACAACGGGAGGCGAUCGUAUCCUCAGCUUGCCUUUUAGGAGCAUAAGUUGGGUUUUUUCGGGGGCUGUUUCCAGUUUACACUCGCGGCACCAUUUUUGGAGCUCGGUGACUGCCAGCGCGCCAGUAUUUUCAAUGCUUGCCUUUGUUUCCGCUGGGAUGAUGACGACGAGAUCGUCCACGUAUGCGAUUGCUGAGUGCCCUACUUCUUCGAACCGUCUGAGGAGACCAUCGAAGAGUAUUGCCCAGAGAUAUGGGCCCAGGACAGACCCCUGCGGGAUCCCCAUCUCUACUUGAACACGUCUCGCCAUAUUCGCGCAGGGUGGCCGUUCGUUCACUCAGGUAGCUUGAGACGACACGUUGGAUGUCCUGGCUAGCUCCCUUGCUUUCUAUACUGUCCAGCACGGCCGGCCACCACAUGCGAUCGAACGCUUGCCGGAUAUCAAAAAAGAUUUCUGCUACAUAUUUGGUCGUUGCUUCUGAUACGCGCUCCAUCAGCUUCCUUAUGGCGUGAGUGGUGCUCCUUUUAGACAUUCCACCGAAUUGGCUAGGGUGAAGGCCACUGUCUAUCGUCUCACGCAGACGCAUCAUAUUAAUUCUGAACAUAUUUUGACGGCACUUGCUUCUAGCCGGUCAUUCCCGGGCGCAUUCCGAGUUCGCAGGCGACUAAUUGCGGCCAGUAUUUCCUCGUCAUUCCAGCAAGGGAAAUAACUGCCACCAGCUAUACGGCGCAUUCUCUCCCUUAGGGCAGAAUGAGCUGGUUCGUCUGUCGACGGGUCGUCCACCAUAAGCCAGACUCGAGUAGGGCUUGGCCUGCGGCCUGCAGUCCGUGGCAUCCGAAGGACUCAAGAGCGUGUCUGGGUUUAAUUUUGCCCAUCUCCACUUUUGCAUGUAAUCCCCAUUUAUUGACGGAGUCCUGCUCUUCGACAAAUUUUCUCCAACUGAGGCGUUUUGCUUUACGCAGCUCGCGUCUGAAGUAGCGGUUCCCCGCAUAGUAGGCCGCUCGGUGGUGAUCCUUGCGCACCAGGUCACGGCACUGCUGGUUCAACUGGUCGUCGUCUGAGGAGCACUCACAGGCACGUCCGUUCACAAUGAAAGCUCGACACCAACUACUGUGACUACAUCUGGGCCAAUAAGUCUCCCUGGCUGUCGGUCAUUAAUGUUAAUGCUUAGCUUAAUUCUUAGCCAGUCAACAAGCACCUUCAUCUCCUCAAAUGAUUUGUCUACCAUCUUCUUCCAAUUGGAGCCUCUAUUUAGAAAUAUUAUGAUGACAGACGCAACAUCAGUAAAGAAGGGCUCCCUAUUGGUAUAAUGAAACAUCACUUUGUCAUUGCCAAUAGUGAUCUCCCUAUGUCUUUUGGUACUGAAGAUGUAUCCAUUUCUGAAUCAGACAUCUUUUCAAGAUAAAUUAAUAAUUAACCAGGUCCAUCGAUGGACUUGGAGAUGGACCAUAACCAUCCCUAAACGAAAUUGGAACAGUGAUCACGCAGCAUUGUCUCUACUCAUCCCAUGAGGUCUUCAUUAUUUUUAUUAACUUCUUUAAGUUUAGCCCAUGGUAUUCAACAAAAGAGAUUUUAUAUUACUAGAUGACUCAAAACAGGAACUCAAAAUAAUAACGAAAAUGAAAGGGGACAAUAAUUACAAUAUGCGCUCUUCUCACACUUAAGACACUAUGAUGAAGGCCUUACAAAAUAAACAAGUUCUCGUGCAAAUUAUUUAUGUUCGCCAGCAACCAAUUCAAAAUGGCGCACGACGAACACCACCGAGAAUAAUGAAUUUAAUUUAGGAACUGUGAGAAGGAUUUCGGCACCAACGGUAAUAAAGGAUUCCCGAUUUAAUGAGAGUGAUUGAAAGAAUAAUUAGAUAAUGGAAUGAAAGGUAGAUAGGACUCACUGCGUAAAUGAUGGCUGAUCAAAGCACGUGGCGGAUUGUCCGAUCUCGAAGCGAAGCGAUGAUGAGAUCAGUGCACUGACUCGGUCUUGAUCCAGUAGAAAUCACGAUGAGAGUGAUGUUGGCGGAUGCAAUCCGAUGUCGAUGAGGAUAGCGGUGACGAUCCAGUUAUAUUAGGAAGGUCCAGGUAUAUUAGGAAAUGCUGGGGAAGUAUAGCGGAUACUAAGGAGCAGAUGGGUUUGGGACCAUGUGCUCGAAAGCGGUGACGGGAAAGCGACGUUCAAUGCUUGAGUGGCGGAGAUGCGGAUAUGACAAGGCGACACAAUAAUGAAUUUAGCAACGAUUGGAUAGGAAUAGCUUGAUAUCAACCGAUACACUGUAAGGCUACUUGCACACACACCGAUUUCGGACGGCCGGUAAAAAAUCGGCCGAUAUUUUACCGAUAGCAGGUGCUGGCACACUACCCGGAUUUUUACCGGUCAAACAGUCAGUUCCAUUCCAGUCACGACGUAAUACGUAAUAAUGAAUCCUAAUCGAGUAGCUGCAAUGUGGUUAUUAUACCGCCGUAUUAAACGCCGUAGGAUUAAGCGCAAGUACUGGAUUCAUCCGAUCAAUCGAAGCAGAGAACACACGGGAAUAUUCUACACUCUUUUUGAAGAAUUAAGACAUGAUGGUAGUAAGUUUUUCAACUUCUUCAGAAUGUCUAUUGCAUCCUUUGACGAACUUCAUGAGAAGUUGAAAAAUGAAAUCCAACAUCAGAAUACUAAAAUGAGAAACUGUAUCCCUUCACGAGAAAGGCUUGCUUUAACAUUGAGAUAUCUUGCUAGUGGGUGCACCUUUACCGACCUACAUUACUCGUUCAGAGUUGGGAUUUCUACUGCAAGGAAAAUAGUAAAAGAAGUAUGCCAAGCCAUCUGGUUAGUUAUGAAGAAUGAGUGUAUACGUGAACUCUCUAAAUAUCAACUGGAAACCAUUGCUUCUGAUUUUGAAAAAAAUGCCAAUUUUCCACAUUGCAUAGGUGCUGUUGACGGUAAGCACGUUCGUAUAAAUUGCCCAAUAAGAAGUGGUUCCAUGUUUUUUAAUUACAAAGACUAUUACUCUGUAGUAUUAAUGGCAGUAGCUGAUUCAAAAUAUCGUUUUGUGUAUGUUAAUGUUGGAAGCUUCGGCAAAGAUUGUGAUCCCUCCAUUUUCAAGCAAUCUACUCUUUGGCAAUCAAUUCAGACAAACUCAAUACAAUUACCUGAAGAAAAAUGCCUGCCGGGGACCGAAUCUCCUAAAGUUCCUUACUAUUUUGUUGGAGAUGAAGCAUUUGGUCUCCACACACAUUUAAUGAGGCCCUACGGUGGAACACACCUAACGCUUGAAAAGAAAAUAUUUAACUAUCGUUUGUGUAGGGCUCGGCGUUAUGUCGAGUGUGCUUUUGGGAUAUUGAGCAACAAAUGGCGCAUCUUCCACAGACCUAUAAACGCUGAACCAGAGUUUGCAGUUGACAUUGUAAAAGCGUGCAUUGUUCUGCACAAUUUUGUUCGUGAGCGGGACGGUUAUUUGCCAGAAGAUACUACAACAAUAAGUGGUUUGGAAGAUUUGCCAAGAGCUCCAACAGCACGGGGUGGUCUACAAGCUAACGACGUUCGAAAAAUAUUAAGUAAAUACUUUGUAACACCUAUCGGGGCAGUUCCCUGGCAAAUGAGUAAAGUAUGAUAGACAUGAGUAGUGAAAAGGGGUGAUAAGUUUCAAUUUGUUGAGAUUGUUGGGUACAUUUUCAGCUUUUGUUAAAUAGUUUAUAUAAUAUUCAAUUAUUAUUUUAUAUGUUUAACAAGUCAUGUAUUGUAAACAAGUAAUUAGGACAAUAUAACAUAACAUACAGAAAAUUACUUACCA